UCCUCUUGCUGCUGCUGCUGCUGCGCCCCAUCCCCCAGCGGCCGGCCGGUUCCAGCCCGCACCCCGCGUCGGUGCCCGCGCCCCCUCCCCCGGCCCCGCCAUGGGCCUCACCGUGUCCGCGCUCUUUUCGCGGAUCUUCGGGAAGAAGCAGAUGCGGAUCCUCAUGGUUGGCUUGGAUGCGGCUGGAAAGACCACAAUCCUCUACAAACUGAAGUUGGGGGAGAUUGUCACCACCAUUCCCACCAUAGGCUUCAAUGUGGAAACAGUGGAAUACAAGAACAUCUGUUUCACAGUCUGGGACGUGGGAGGCCAGGACAAGAUUCGGCCUCUGUGGCGGCACUACUUCCAGAACACUCAGGGCCUCAUCUUCGUGGUGGAUAGUAAUGACCGAGAGCGCGUCCAGGAAUCUGCUGACGAACUCCAGAAGAUGCUGCAGGAGGACGAACUGCGGGAUGCGGUGCUGCUGGUGUUUGCCAACAAGCAGGACAUGCCCAACGCCAUGCCCGUGAGCGAGCUGACCGACAAGCUGGGGCUACAGCACUUGCGAAGCCGCACGUGGUACGUCCAGGCCACCUGUGCCACCCAAGGCACAGGCUUGUACGACGGGCUGGACUGGCUGUCCCAUGAGCUGUCAAAGCGCUAGCCAGCCAGGGGCCGGCCCCUGCUGCCCGGAAGCUCCCGCGUGCAUCAUCCCGGGAGGACCAGACUCCCGGACUCCUCAGGCAGUGCCCUUCCCUCCCAGCUCCUCCUCCCCCGCAGACACAGGCCACUGCUCCUGCCUGCAUGUUCUCUCUCUUUUGGGAGCCUGGAGCCCCGCUCUCUGGGCAUGGAGGGAUCUGAUCUCCUGCCCGCUGGGACCUGUGGGAAGGGGUUUCCAGGGCCAAGGCCCCUUCUUCCAGAGGAGGAGCAGGGAUCUGGGUUUAGUUUUUUUUCUUCCAUUUCAGUUGUACCCUUUGGGCCAGGUGGGGAGGGGAGGUGAGGGCUCCGGGUGGUGCUAUGAUGUGGCACUGGAUAUUGAGUAAUAAAUUUGCUGUGGUUUGUA